CGUUACGUUCGUUUGAGCAGUUGAAUAUUUCCAGAACGGUUGAAAACAAUGUUCUCCAAAUACGAGAGAGUGAUCCUUGCUGGCAUUGUGGUGUGCUAUCUGGUUCAAUUAGUUCGAUGCGAUCAGCUGAACCAAGACCAAGAUGUAGCAGAAGGAAGAACCUUUGGUCAUCACUUCCUGAAACGAAUCAGCUUCGCCAUCAUUCCCACGGCUUUCGUAGUAGGCGUCAUUACCACGCUUCUAUCGGCACUGACAGUAGUUUCCAUGAACAGUUUGGGCGUUGGGGUUGUUCUUCUAGUACUUGCAGUUUCGCAAAUAUUAGCACGAACACUUCCAGGCGCCAGCCAGCCUCAGCCGGUCGCAUAUAGCGCUCCCGUACCCGGACCGGUUCCGAUUGUCUACCACAGGGACUGGUGAAAACCGUAUCCAUCGGGCGUUAACUAAUCAUAAGUUAAUUUAUUCUUCAUUUAUCAUAUUUUAAUUUAUUACCUCCAUCAACAUAACCGAUCACGA